UAAUCUAUUGUAUUUUGUUCACCCCUAAUUUGUUUUGCAUUUUCCGGUGAAAUUGUUAAAAAAUUAUAUUUUCGACAUGCGCCCACGCAGCAGGAGUCGCAGCAGACAAAGGGUGCGCCGCAGAUCCGAUUCCGGAGAUCGAUCCCGCUCGGAAAGAAGGACAAACCACAAAUCGCAGCACCGUCGAUCGGUUUCCCGGGAGAGGGAACGAGACAGAGAGCUCCACAGGGAAAGGACCUCAAAUCGCAGCUCCCGCCGCUCCAGGGAAAAGGAUGCAGUGCCCCGUCGUCGGAGAACCCGUUCCUCGUCCUCUAGCAGCUCAAGCACCAGCAGUGGCAGUUCCAGUUCUUCUAGAAGCCCUUCCAGAAACCGCAAAUCCCGACCAAAAUCCGUGGAGCGCUGGCCUAACGAUCGUUUCCACGAAAACAACGACAGGCGGCAGAAUCCUUUCCGAGGAAGGGCUCCCGAGGGCAGUUUCAUUAAUGACCCAGCUGAACCAUCGACAAGAUCACAGCAUCGGGGUCGAGGAGCCUCUAACCACCAGCCGAAAGGCGAUUUCAAGGCGGUAAAUGCCCGCAGGAACCAAAGGGUGCGCAUCGGCGAAGAGGGCGUGCCAGAUGUCUGGGGCAAGAGCCCAUCUCGGCCAGAAAGCGAUGACGUGGAGCUGGUUAAGGGUUCCUACAUAGGACCCAAAAAGAAAAGGAAAAAAGGUAAAAACAAACACAAAAAGUCGGACAAGAAAUCCAAGAAAAAGUCUAAGAAAUCCAAGAAGAAAAAGAGCAAGAAGGAGUCUAGCUCCUCGGAGGACUUCUCUUCCAGUUCGUCUAGUAGCGAGGACAGCAGCGAUGAAUCCAGCAGCUUAAGUUCCAGCUUUGAAAGUGAAAAUGAGUCCGACGAGAAAGAUGUUUGGUUGGAAAAGACCGCCGAGGGCAUCAAGAAAUCCAAAAAGAAAAAGUCUUCAGCGAGCAAAAAGGAUAAAAAGUCAAAAAAGAAGAAAAAGAAAAGAAAAUCUGAGGCGGAGAAGUCCAAGAAGGGCUCAACAUCUAGUGGUAGCAGGUCAAAGACGAGGGAUAGCGCAUCCCACAAUGACGAGGAUGUGGGCCCAUCGCUGCGAACUGGCGGCAGCCUGAAUCAAAAAGAUUUCGGCAAGGCUUUGCUGCCUGGAGAAGGUGCCGCCAUGGCUGCCUACAUCGCCGAGGGCAAGAGGAUUCCUCGCCGUGGCGAGAUCGGCUUGACCUCCGAUGAGAUCGCCAACUUUGAGUCCGUCGGCUAUGUGAUGAGCGGCAGUAGGCAUCGCCGCAUGGAGGCCGUGCGCAUCCGCAAGGAGAACCAGCUGUACUCCGCUGACGAAAAGAGGGCACUGGCCAUGUUUAGCAAGGAGGAGCGACAGAAGCGAGAGAACAAAAUCCUGUCGCAGUUCAAGGACAUGAUCCACUCCAAGCUGCAGGCCAAGGACAAGAAGUAGACGAGCCAUUUGUUGGAUUUGUAGAAACGAGUUUAAGACUUUUUUGAAUAUAAAUCAAACCCACAUUCAAAGGAAACUAAGGCCAACGAAUCAUUAAUACUUCAUGAUCUUGUAAACAUAUUAAUAAAUGGAAUAAUUAAAAAUUGUAGAAACCAAUUAAACUUAAAAAAAUGUGUAUACCAAUUUAAUUUCCGUGUAAAUGAAUCGUACAUACCGAUUUUGUUAUCACCGAUGCAUAAGGUUUUUUAUAUAUCCAGAAAAAAAUUCCACAUAUCAAAUAAAAGUAUACUUAUAAAAUA